UACUAAUUCAUAAUAUGGAUAUUGAUCUAACCCCCAAGUUGGCUAAGCAAGUUUAUGGAGGAGAUGGUGGUUCUUAUCAUGCAUGGUGUCCUAAUGAGCUUCCCAUGUUGAAGCAAGGAAAUAUUGGCGCUGCCAAACUUGCUCUUACAAAGAAUGGAUUUGCUUUGCCUCGUUACUCUGAUUCCGCUAAGGUCGCCUAUGUUCUUCAAGGUAGUGGAGUUGCUGGAAUUGUUCUACCGGAAAAAGACGAAAAGGUGGUAGCCAUUAAGAAGGGUGAUUCUAUUGCCCUUCCUUUUGGUGUUGUAACAUGGUGGUACAACAAAGAGGACCCUGAACUUGUGAUUCUCUUCCUUGGUGAUACCAAAACUGCACACAAGGCUGGUUCAUUUACUGACAUGUACUUGACCGGCUCCAAUGGGAUUUUCACAGGUUUCUCAACUGAGUUUGUUAGCAGGGCAUGGGAUGUAGAAGAGAGUGUUGCUAAGACUCUAGUUAGCUCCCAGACUGCCAAGGGGAUUGUGAAGCUGGAUGCAGGGUUCCAAAUGCCUGAGCCUAAGCAAGCCAACAGGGAUGGCAUGGUUCUCAACUGUGAGGAAGCUCCAUUGGAUGUGGAUAUCAAGGGUGGUGGAAGGGUGGUUGUUUUGAACACCAAGAACUUGCCAUUGGUUGGAGAAGUUGGAACGGGUGCUGAUCUUGUUAGGUUGAACGCAAGUGCUAUGUGCUCUCCUGGUUUCUCCUGUGACUCAGCCCUACAAGUGACCUACAUUGUGAGAGGCAGUGGCCGAGUUCAGGUGGUUGGCCCUGAUGGUAAGCGUAUACUUGAAACACAUCUCAAGCCUGGUAAUCUAUUCAUUGUUCCGAGGUUCUGCGUUGUCUCCAAGAUUGCUGACCCUGAUGGCAUGGAUUGGUUCUCCAUCAUCACUACGCCCAACCCAAAGUUCACAAACUUGGCUGGAAAGGUUUCACCAUGGAAGUCUCUAUCCCCACAAGUUCUGCAGGCCUCUUUCAAGGUUGCACCAGAGGUACAGAAGCACUUCAGCUCCAAGAGAAGUGCAGAAGAGGUGUUCUUCCCACCACCAAACUAAACUCAUCUGAUUCAUGUAAUAAGUUGUUAGCUACAGUUUCCCGAAUUGUCGUUAUUGUUCUAGACCUUAUGCUCAAGCUCUUCAAGUUUUUACAAUAAUAUAGUAAUUGAUCUUCUGUUAUUAA